CUUUCUAACUUCGUUUCGGUCAUGGGGGAGAAGGCCGGACGCGUAAUUGUCGCCACCUUGGGUUUAGGUCUCAUUGAAUCGGUUUAGGCACGUACUGGCUACCAGCUAACUCUACGUGGUCUCGAACUGUAGAACCCGUUAGGCGAAGUUUGGCAAGCGGGAUCGAAAAAUAAACAUCAGCCUCUGAUCUGCAUGACGGGACCGCCCACUCACGUGACGCUGCUCUCUUCCGCUGGUUAUUCACAAUUCUCUGUCGGUUGAUAAGCAGGUACUUGUGUCAAGUCGAGCUGCUUACGUCGAGGUAAGCUGUAAAUUACCGACUCGCGAGUUGCAGAUCGAAAACAGACGUCGAAUGGUUUUCGAUGUGGCACGUGCGAAGGCUUCCGACGUCGGAUCGUUUAGGUGGAGCGUGUUGAGGUGAUCCGGUGAGGUGGAGCAUGAACGAUCAUCACGUGGAUGAAGAAAGAAACGAAGAGGUUGAUGCGAUGAGUACUAAUCCACGACGUAGCGCGAGACUUGGCUCACGGUCGUCGUCGUGCUCGUCCACGCCUGUUUUAGGCGGCGCUGCCAUUGUGGCUAAGAUACAGAAUCUAGACGGUGCGCAGAUGAACGACGAGAGAGCGAAAGGCAAUGGAGCGUGCGUCAAAGUGGAGCAGCAGCAGCAGUCUUCAUGCAAAGAGGUCUUUGCAUGUGAUGUGGUCGAGAGCGGUUGUGCUGCUGGCCUGACGGCUCGUGCUCAAGAUUCGGGAGCGAGUGCGCCCGACACUUUUCCGUUGCUCGCGGGGAGUCCGGUGACGAUCAGCGGUGAAGUUUUCUACGAAGGCAACGACAUGCUUGUGGUCAGAGUCAACUGGCGCGGAUUGGAGUUUACCGGAACACUCAUCAAACAGGGGAAAGGCCAGUGGGCUCCGACCAGGAUGAGGAUGAUGGAAGAAGGGGAAGCUGAGGCUGAAAUCAGUCAAGAGAGAGCAGAGGAACCAAUUGUUAGAACAAGGAAGAGGAAAGGUCUUAGAGGUAGAGACAAGGGUAAUGGAGAGGAAAAGUCAUCUCCUGGAAGACCGACAAAUAGAAGGAGAGGAAGAGCAGCAAGAGCUAAGAAGGAAGAAGAGGAAGAAGAGGAGGAACACGAAGAAGGGGAAGAGGAGCAAGAAGUAAAGAGUAAGGGAAGUGAACAAGGAGACUCUAAUGGAGAAGAAUACAAGGUCUCCAAUACUACUCAACAAUCAUUACCAAGUCUUCGUUCUAAGAAACGAUCACCAGACACGACACCAACACCAACCAAGGAACUAAUGAAUGCCUACCAAACCUCUCCUCCUGACUCAAACAAACCAGAAUCACCCAGUGAACAGCCAGAGUACUUUGAAUGUCCCGAAGCUGAUUGUCCAAGAAAGUACAAGCACAUGAAAAGUUUGAAACAUCAUUUGGCCUGUGCCCAUCAGAUAGUUCGUCGACAUAAUCUGAAACGAAAACUACUUGGUGCCACGGGGCAAGAUUCAGAAGAUGAAGAGAGGAAGACUGAUGAAACAAUGCAGAGUCCAGCAUCAAAAAAGACAAAAUCACGUUUAUCAAAAGAACAUCCACGCAAAGGGAAGAUGAUAUCCUCACAGACUGAGUGUGGGAGUGGCAACAGUGAGAAAGAAGAGCAUGAGCUAAAGAAUAGUAUCUCUGAAGACGCAAAGCAAUCUAGAAAGAUGAAGCAGCGACAAGCGACAAGAGGAAGUCUAAAACAGCAAGUUCAGAGUGAAGAGGAUGACAAGAGAGAAGAUGGAGAAUGUGGAGGAAGUGGCCAGGAGACACCACCACCCAUGAAGGAGACUACUCAUGUUGGGCAGGAAAACAAAGAAGAUACUGGCAUGAAAGAUGACAUGUCUUCUAUUAUGCAGCAAUCAAGAUUUGGUCAUACGUUGUCAUUUGGUAACAAUUUCACUGUUGUGAACAGUCCAAGUGGUCGGUCAUUGACAUCUGUGAGUCCAUUGAAAGGAAGCCUUCCUGCUGCGCUGAAGAUCAGCAAUAAUCAAAUCCAUGGUAGGGAUGGUGCUUCAGGAGACAGCAGUGAAGCUCAACAAGGGCAAGGGUUGCAUCAGUCAUCUCUAACACCUGCAAUUGAGAGAAUAACAGUAGGACGAACUGUUGCCAACACAACGACAACUGCUCAACUGCCUACUGAAUGGUCAAAAGCAUUUCCGAGUGCAAGAGAUGAAGGACAAACGAUGAGAUCAAAUCAGCAUUCGGAUAGGCAUGUGUCUCCUGCUGGAGGAAGUAGGAGUCCCUCUAAUAUAAUGAGGAAAAACCGGCUUACUUCUUUGAACAAUACAGUGGCUGACAAGUCACCUGCAAAGGCUGAUAUUUCAACUGCUACACAAUCUAAACCAGAGCCAUAUGCUAGAUUAGGUGAAGCAGCUGCUGCAGGCUACAAGACUGACAAUCAACGAAUGAAAGUUGAGCACAAUUUGUCUGACUUCCAUAUGUCUGGGUCUCCUUCCGUUAGCUCUGGUGUAGAUGGUCAUCUACCUAGAAAUAGUUCGAGCGUUUUUGGUCACUUGUCGGCAUCUAAGGACUACCAACAGGCUAUACGGUUGAACAAUCCACGUGAUCAUCCAUUAGGCAUGACAGCGUUUUCUCCAUUUCCCUUCUUUCCUGACAUGUUUGGCGGAUUUCCCAACUUCUCUAAUUAUUCAUUAGGAAGAGAUAUCGCUUUCCCUAUUGGAUUUGCAGGACUUAAUGCUAUUGGCCCUGCCAGUGACUUGAACAUGAGAGCAUCCAUUGCAGCUGCUGAAUUGAAUAAAGCAAGGGGAGGGAACACAUGAGAGACCUUGUAACUUUUUAUAUUUGAACAGGUGAUUUGUAAGCUAAGUUGUAAUCAUAGUGAUUCCUAUGUAUGCAGAGAUGAGUUUUAUUUCUGUGUUAUAGCGCUUUAAUCGUGAAAGUUUUGCAUGGCAAUGGUCCAGCUAAUAAAAUAGUACAGUUGC